CAGGUCGUGCUCUUUUUCACUGACGUCGUUGGUUAGUCGAGGCAGCGUUACGGCGCGGGGGUUACUCUUCUCUUUUCUCUUUCUCUUUUCUUCUCUCUCUGCAACGAUGCGUGGCGAAAUAUUUGUCGGCUUCGCUAGCCUUUUAUCAUUUGCUGCUCUGAUUCUGUUAAUCUUUGUCAAUGUCGGUCAAAUCAACACAUCUGCCGUUCCUCGCGAAUUAUAUUUGGCAAAAGUCAAUGUCUCCCAGUACGGGCAAUCCCUUCAAACCGCCCUGCUUGACCCGAUCUACGGGCUUUACACCGACAAUGCCUCUGAACCCCUACUCGAAUCCCUCGGCCUACGCCAAUACUAUCAAUUCGGGCUCUAUUCCCACUGUGGUUACGUUGCUGCCAAUGAGGGCAUCUGCUCCAACCAUUCUGCUGCAUACGAAUACCGACCUUACGAUAUCAUCACGAACGACAUGACAGCCAACUACAGUGCUAUCACCCAGGCUGUUGUUGAAGGUACCACUUUCCAAAAUUCAAAAUACCUUGCCCAGCCCACCAAAUCUGCGUAUUACUUGAUCAUCAUUGGCACAGUCACCACGGCAGUUGCCUUGCUCACUGGUAUAAUCAAGCAGGCUUUCACCUUUUUCAUUUCGACCGUCUUGGCUGCUCUAAGCACCAUCUUUAUUCUUUGUGGUGCUGCAAUAUGGACGGCCAUGAUUAACAAGUCUGCUACUAUCAACAACUUGCUCAUCGGUGGCACCUCCGAUCCAGUGUUGGUUGGCAUUGAUGUCUCCGUGGGCCCAGUGCUCUACUUACUCUGGGCUGCGUUCGCUUGUCUUUUUGUCUCCAUAAUACCCUACAUGAUAACGUGUUGCACAUACCGUGGAUAAUCGAUGAUUGCUGGCCAUCAUCGAGGGUACUAGGCGUAGCCACUUAUUUGAGCCUAUGCUCAUGGACUGAGUUCUGUCGU